UACGUCCACUACCAUAAAACUACCUAUAUGUACAUGUAAACUAAACAAGGUAUUAAUUGGACUGCUAAUUAUGCACUCGUGGUACGGGUAAAGUCAAUUAGAAAAGGUUUCUGAUUGGAUAAACAACUACACCUACGGCUAUUCUGUCAACACGGAUCAGGUAUCUCAGGUCAUUUAAUAAAGCAGUUGUCUCCAGUUAGGUAUAUUCAAUGUAAGAAUAUCACACAGUCAGAAUGAAGGUAUACAUCUGUUUGCUACUGUUGGUACAGUGUGACUUUAUCUACUCACAAUUACAGCAGAAUCAACAAAACACGAGAACAGGAGCUGUUGACUCAUACAUGGGUCCAACUUCUUCCCCUUAUAUGGAACCUUAUUCCGGUGGAUUUGGGCAAGGUCAUCCGCUAAUGGGAAUGUUACCAUUUAUGAUGGCAGAUAUUGAUUAUGCAGAUCAAAUAUCAUCAAGGGCAGACGCAAGAGCAGCUAGAAGAGAGGCAAUGCAAGGUCAGCAAGAACAAAUGGCAACAGGACAAGGACAACCAGGAAAUAAAACCCCCAUAAACAGGAUGAAUAGAAAUAAUGGUAACCAAUUAGGAUAUCCGUCCGAUCCAUAUGUUCAACGACAAUCAAUGCGUCAGUCUGAUCCAUAUCCACAACGUCGAUUAGAAACCAAUCAAAUUCCACAACGCCGAUUAGAAGCCAAUCAAAUUCCACAACGCCGAUUAGAAGCCAAUCAAAAUCCUUAUUUUCAAGAAAGAUCAGGUCAGACAAUUGCUACAGAGCAAAGCUCCUUAUUGGGACUAAAUCAAAACGUUGGAAAGAUGUCUUCUGGAAACAAUAAAAAUUCUUCCACCCCUACAAAAUGGGUUUUUAAACAAUCCCAAACUCAAACUAAAUCCAUAAAACCGACACCGGUCUCGAAACGGAGUUCCGGAUUGUUACCACAACAGGAAGCAAACAGACUCAGAUUGUCUCAAGUUUUGGGUUCGUCAAAUCGCCAACAGUUUAAAGACACUGCAAAUAGUGCUUUUUUGAAGAAUGAACUUCCACCUACAAACAAUAAAUAUAACAAUAACAAUUCACGACGCACACCUUCAAGAAUGGACCGAAGACCUCCUCCAAGGAAACAGAGAAUAGACCCUGAUUUAAUGUCUGAUAUGAUGGACAUGAUGGGUGAUAUGGGAUUAUCUAGUAUGUUUAUGCCACCAAUGUCCAGACGAGGUGGUAGAUGCGACUUAUCUUCUGUGAAAACAUUGAUUGAAUAUCUGAUGACUGGAAAGAUGUGCGGAACAAAGUCUCACGGGAUGAGAUUUGGUCUAGGUCGGAGAUAAAUAAUCUACGUGUAAACAGACAGUGGACUUACUUUAAAAUGUCAUUUUUGUGCAAUUCUACCACCCACGAAACAAAAUGAUAAUGUGAUUGAUAGACCUUGAUAUGUUUAUCUUAAAAGAAUGAUAAACGUUAAAUUAUGCCUUUUCUGAUUUGAACAAAGAUAUUAAACUAUAAUAAACAAUCUUCAUAUGAUUACAGACAGGUGAAAACCACUCACAAAUCGAAAGCAGUUUAACAAUAUUGCUGAUCUGUGCUAAUGCUUGAUUCAAAUCUGAUGUAAAGUUGCAUUUUUCCUGUAACGUUUUUGUAUACAUGUGAUGUUUUUUUCUGCUCCCUUUUUAUCCUUUCGACUCGUUUUCUUUCUUCUGUAAAAAGAUUCCCAUAAACAAAUUUUCACUGUGCCAUAUGAGUGUUUAUUUGUUAUUUUGUGUUUUUGUAAAACGUUAAUGUUAUAAAAAAAGAAGGAGAAAAAGGAAAACCAAUGAAUCUAUUUUUAAAAGUGUCAAGAAAGUUAUACUUUUGGACAUUUAUAUAACGUAAAACUACAUUACUGCAUUGUGUACUGAUCCUUCAUUGUCAGAGUCUACAAACGUUCCUUUUUACAACCCAAAACAUUUUAUACAUCAGAAGUAGCGAUUCCAUACACUCACUAACAUAUAUGCAUAACGUAUUGACAGACAUUAUUCAUAUAAACUAGUUAAUGAAUCUGAUCGAGAUACAGGAUCAAUUGUGGACACAGUAUAUAGGAUUCAAUUAGAUUACAAAUUGCCGGUUAAAAUACCAACUUGAAUGUUUAGUUACUGAAAGCAACAUGUAACACAGUGUUAAUAGAUACCUCUUUAAAACAUGUUGAAAACACAGUUGUGUAGUUCUUUUCAAAUGAAAUUAAACUCAUCAUAUUUCUUUAAAGCUUGUCAUCUGCAGGAUUUAGUCAAAGAUGUAAUAAGAUUUUUGUCAAUGGUAUAAUGGUGUCUAGCUGAUAGCAAUACUGUUGUUAGUCAAAAGUCUAUUGUAAAACUAAAAGUAUAUUGUAAAUAAUUAUAUUUAAGUUACUUGUUUAUUAAAUCAUGUUCAAUAUAA